AUUAUUUUUAAGUCGGACUUGUGUGUCCCGGAACUGUCCAGCAGAAAUCAACCAUCAGUAGCCAGCGAGAGGUUGAGGAAUCAUGUCAAGCAGCAGAUUUGGACGACCCUACGGAUCGGUGGAUGCCAUCGUCAAUCAGCCGGGAAUUCUGGAAUCGCGCCCUGGAAGGAAUCCGCAGAACCCCAAUGCACCAUACGGACUGGACUACCUGACAAUUGUGGACCAGCUCUUGGUCAAGCAGAAAGUGGAACUAACCGAAGUCUUAACCGGCUUUGAGACCAGCAAUAAGUACACCAUCCUCAACGCAUCCGGCCAGAAGGUGUUCUACGCGGUGGAGGAUAGCGACUGCUGCACCCGCAACUGCUGCGCCACCUCACGGCCCUUCCACCUGAGGAUCCUGGACAACUCGCCUCGGGAGAUCAUCCACAUGCACCGACCGCUGGCCUGCUCGGCCUGCUGCUUCCCCUGCUGCCUGCAGAGCAUUGAGGUCUUUGCGCCGCCCGGUAACGUCAUUGGCACCAUCGAGCAGGAGUGGUCCGUGGGGUGGCCCUCGUUCCGCAUACUCAAUCACUUGGGCGAAAAGGUCUACCGCAUCGAGGGUCCGCUCUGCACGCGUUCCCUGUGGGGCAACGUGGACUUUCAUGUGGUGUCCCUGACUGGCGCAAAGGUGGGCAGGAUCUCCAAGCAGUGGUCGGGUCUGGUGCGUGAGUUCUUCACGGACGCCGACUUCUUCGGCAUCAGCUUUCCCAGGGAGCUGGAUGUGCGCAUGAAGGCGGUCCUCCUCGGCGCCACAUUCCUGAUUGAUGCCAUGUUCUUUGAACAUUAAUUGAGAGCCGAUAAUCGGUUGAGUCAGCUUAUCGCCUUUUCAAGGAACAAAUCAUGAAAAACCCCAUAAUAUUCUUGAAACCCCAUUUGUCAGCAUGGGGAGAAAAUAAUCUCAGCUGUGGUCACCAUAGGUUUAUCUAAGCUUUUGUCCUCCCCUCUUUGCCACUUCUCACUCAUGUUGUAUAACCCAAUAAAACAACGAAUGGAAACU